ACCCACAUCAAUCAUAUUGACAAGGAGGCUUUCAUCACUAUCUACCAGCAAGUACGCCCGCGAGCUCUGACUGCAUCUAAUAUAUGCAGUGGAUUUGCUGCAUCAGGCCUGGUUCCAUAUAAGCCAGAGCAGGUGCUUGACCAGCUUCAUAUUCAAUUGAAAACACCUACACCACCAGGCACAUCCCAUAGCAAUCAGUCAUCUAGCUGGACUGCUGAGACACCAAAGAAAGCUAGGGAGCUAGAGAAGCAGUCAGAGCUAAUCAAGCGUCUUUGGCGGCAGCAUACGUGGAGUCCUCCCAGUCCAAUUAGUCAAGCAGUUGAUCAAGUGGUCAAGGGCUGCCAAAUCGCGAUGAAUAAUGCAGUGCUUUUAGAGCAUGAAAUCAAGCAGCUACGUGUGGCCAAUCAAUGUCAAAAACGCAAGCAAGAGACAGCUAGAUCCUAUAUUGCUACCGGGGGGAUUUUAACUGCUGAAGAAGGCCAGCAGCUUGCUCAGCAAGCUGCAGAAUUGCAGGCAGAGGUAGCUGACCAAGCUGAUAUGCAGCCUAGAAGACGUGCACCACCGCGGUGCAGCAACUGCAAUAUUCAAGGUCAUACUAGGCUUCAAUUUAGGGGUGGUGUGAUUAUGAUUCAAAGGACACGAUCCAUGAUCGACUACCACGAUGCAAGGAAGCAACGGCAUGGAACUGCCCAGGGCCGAGAUCUGAAAGGGAAGCUGCGACUGGACGCCACAGGCGCUGGGGCGUGGCUGGCCGGGAGAGUUGGCUUUGAGGAAGGCGCGAGGAGCGACUUGCAGAAACGGGAAGGGGCGAGCGCGCUGGGCAGGCAGCAAACCAGCGAAUGGCGGGCGAGGGCUGUGGCUGGCCCGCGGUCCGGACCUGCACCGGCCCACGCGGACACCGAAACGGCCCCAAGCAGGAGACAACGGAGCAAAAGGAGUCGAAAGUCUGGCUGUCUGCCAGAUGGCAGGCUGAGGCUCAGUCGUGGCCCUCUGAGGCUGGUGAGUUUGACCUUGUGUGCGACCCUCGCGGCUUCGCUCCGCGCUUCCCUGCGUCCUCGCCUCCUAGCUUCCUCUCUUCCUUCGUCGAGUGUUUGCGUGCCGGCGUGCGCGUCUGUCUCGUCUCUGCUGUUGACUUGGCCCCGACUCCCAGGCAAGCCAGUCAGCCAGUCCGACCAGUCGCGUCUUGCUGUAUUGCCCCGAGGCAGGUGA